AUGGGAGCGGACGUACCGGGAGAACCUGUUGAACCAGAGUAUAAAAUAUUUUAUGAUUUAAAAACAUACAAUGACAGUGAAAAAGAAGCAGAUAAAGUAAACGAUCCAGAUAAAAUUAUUUCUGCGUGUGAAAAAAUUCAAUCUACAGAAGGAUGGAAUGAGGAAAUUAAAAAGGUUUGUGAAAAAUUAAUGAAAUAUUUUUUAUUCUGGUAUAAAGAUAAAACUGAUAAUACUGAUAUUAAUAAUAUUCAAAUUGGUAAUUAUAUUGAAUAUUUUAACUAUUUGCUUAAUGGUAAAUUAGGGGCGAUCACAAUAUCUGAAUCGGAUAGACCUAAGGCAUAUGAACAUUUCAAAAAUAUUAUAGCUGAUGAGACUAAAUUGAAUAAUUUAAAGGUUAAAAUAUAUGAUAUUAAGAAAGAAUAUUAUGAAAAAAUGAAAAUAAUGUAUGAAUUGUAUGAAAAUUUUUAUAAAAUUAAGAGUAUAGGAGAUAAUGGAGCGGAUGAGCACAAUAAAUGUUCAGAUUACGUUAACAAUUGUGUUGGCGAAUAUAGCAAGUUUAAAGAUAUAUGUUAUGUACAAGAAGAUAAAGAUCAAGUAGAAUAUAAAAAAUUAUGUAGUGCAUUAAGAGAUUUCUAUGAUUUAUAUAAAAUUAAUAGAUACUAUCAGAAAUCAUGUAAGGGUGUAAAAUUACCAAAAUUGCCAGAAUUUAAAAAACCUAAAGAUGCAACUGAAGAAAAAAGGUUUGAGAAAUUUACAAAAUGUAGUGAAAAAACAUUUAAUUAUGCAGUUGAUGAUAUUGAAAAAAGAUAUGAAAAAGAUAUUUUAAAAAAAUUAAAUGAAUAUAAGUUCUACGAAAAUUUUAAUAAUAAAAAUUAUUCGUCUGAAGAUAAUGAAUAUUGCUCGGAAAUAAAACCAUCAAUAGAUAAGGAAUGUAAAAUUUACACACUUUGCGCUAAGAUAGAAACAAAUUUUAAAAAGUUACAUAGUAUGGACCUUACUAAAGGUAAUAAGGAACGCUGUUUAUAUUUCACUUAUUGGUUAUACGACCAAAUCAGUAAAACGUUUAGUAAUAAUUCUAAUUACAUUGUUGACAUACGUGAUGUUAGUAACCUUUUUGGUGUAAUAUACAAAAUUAAUCGAAAAUUUGAAGAAAACAAAAAGUGCUACGUGGAUUAUAGGAUUAAUACAAAAGUGGGUGAAUUAAAAGAAAUGAAGCAUAUGCAUGACUAUUUUAUGGUUUUUAAAAGCCUUAAAAAGCAUUCACCUUGUAAAAAAGAAUAUAAACAAACAUGUUGUGAUUAUGUUCAAGAUAUUAACAGACUAUAUAAAAAGUACAUAGGUAAUUGUUGCACUUGUUAUUUUCGUUCUAACGAAUGCCAUAACAACUGUGAUGAUUAUUUUAAUUGUCAUCAGGAUUAUAAUCCGUACAAACUUUAUGAAGAAUUUGAAUGUGAAAAAUUAGGGGAUAACGAAAAAGGAUUCGAAAAAUUAGGAACACCUACAGCCAUUGAUUAUUAUUUUAUACAUUUAAGAUCAUUGAGACCCCAAUGUAAUUCAAUAUUUUGUGACCUCUUCUAUGUGGCCGUUUUAUCUGCCUUUUCUGUACUUGGGUUAUUUUUAGUGUUCUUUAUUUUUUACAAGGUAGGCGAAAUUUCGCAUUAG